AUGGAGCUGGUAUCUGUACCAGCUAUGGAAACAGAGAGCCCCACCUGUCGGUAUAAAUUACGGGAAUAUUCCGUACCGGAUUAUAACGACUUCACAUGCGGAUGGUGCCAUUUCUAUCUUUUUCAAAGGAAGAGUUUCGCGCCAAGUUCUCAAGUCCCGUUUUUGAUGGCGACGGUGAACGGAUCCACGUGGACUCGGGGACGCUUGGUCAAACCCGAUCCAACCAAUAAGACGAGUGUUAAUAUCAUUUGUGAAAGUUUAAACUCGGAUGAGUGCGACCGCUGGAAGAUGUGCUGCCAAUCCGCCCGGGAAUGCUGCAGGGACCAAAUCGCCCAUCCUCCAGUGACCAAUUCGACCUGCGCCGGAACGUGGGACGGAUAUGGAUGUUGGCGAGAUGCAAAUCCGGAUACGGAGAAUUAUUUGAGCUGUCCGAAUUUCUUACAGCAUACCAAUCCGACUAAAUUCCGUGGAAUUAAGAUUCCUUUAGUUUGA